AUGGGUAAGGACUACAAGCCUUGCAAAUUCUUCCAAAACGUAUACAAGGACUUCUGCCCCAAUUUCUGGGUUGAGAAAUGGGACGAGCUCGUUGAGGAAGGUCCGCUUCCCCGCCAAGUUCGAUCGCUAGGAUGGUCGCAACUACUUUAUAUAUAG